AUGAUGAUAUCGCGGUCAAAACAUCGUUCUUCGGUGGAAGUGUGCUCUGAUUGUGGGGCAUCGGAUCCAUCUUGGGCGUCUAUUAAUCGCGGCUUGCUGUUAUGUGCCGAGUGCUGCAGUGUUCAUAGAAGUAUGGGAAGACAUAUUUCGCAUGUAAAAUCUUUACGGCAAGGCUCAUGGCCGCCUUCACUCUUAUCGAUGGUGCAAGCACUCACUGCACAAAAUGUGAAUAGUAUAUGGGAACACUCUUUACUCGAUACUUCAGCUCCUAAACAUUUAAGGAAGAAACCACAACCAAAAGAUCCAUUACACCCGAUAAAGUCAGAGUUUAUAUUGGCCAAACACCUUAGAUUGGCAUAUGUUUUGAGAGCGAGGAGAGAUGAACCUCCAAGUGAGUUAGGGAGACAAUUGCAUAGUGCAGUGAGGAGCUCCUCAUUAGACACAGCUAUGAGACUGCUAGCUCAAGGUGCUGAUCCUAAUUAUUAUAAUCAGGAAAAAGGCAGCACUUGUUUACAUGUAGCAUGUAGAGCGGGGCAGCCGGCUCAGGCAGAGCUGCUGGUGACCUGGGGAGCUGAUCCUACUGCUAGAGACAGUACUGGCAACACACCUGCCGAUUGUGCUAGGCAAGGAGGACACACAGACCUAGCAGACAGGUUAACUGAGCUUGUGUAUGAAGCUACGGACCGUAUGAUCCAUUUCUUAACUGGAGAGAAACCAGACCAUGCCGCAGGAAGACACUACAUAGUUCCCCGAGCUCAUGACACCCAUGAGAUGACGGAUGUUGCUAAGGCUGCAAGGGGAAAGUUGCAAUUGCUGCCAAAUCAUUUGUUUGAAGAGCUAGUCAUGGAUAUAUACGACGAAAUCGAUCGACGCGAAACAGAAGCGAUCUGGCAAACGAGUGCGACAGGGCUGGAGCGGUGCGGUGUGGCCUUCCUACCAGUGAACCCGGCACUCUCCGCGCCCAGGAACCAAGGCAGGCAAAAGUUGGCGCGGCUCUCUGCGCCCGAGCUGGCCGCCUUGUUGAGGGAUGUUCUGCUCGAUGCUACUAGAAGACAGCGACUUGCUACACUGCAGCCAAGAGCACUCACAGGGCCCAUGAACCCUCUGCUAUCAGCGAGUCACCUGAAGCACUUCUCCCAAAUGUCAGAUGACGAGCCCCUGUACGACUCGGUGGCGUCCGACGAAGAUUACGCCGCGCUCGCGCCCAUUGACUUGGAUAUGUCCAAUUUAGAUCCAAGAGCUGGAGAAACAGUCUCCUCUACGUACAAUCCGUCGCUACCGACAGAACAUACCAUAGUCGAACAUCGAAUCCACUCUCCGAGCCCCGAUCAAAAACCUGAAGUGAAGAAACACGAAAUCGAAAAUCUCAAAAAGGAACUAGACAAUCGAGACUCGACCAUCACAGAACUAAAGAACCAGUUAAAGAAUCUUCAAACGAUUGUAGAACAGCUGACGAAAGAGAACAGUGCUCUGAAGACCACUAGUAGUGUGGACGAUGACCACAGCAUGACCUCUCAGACCUCCAUCAAUGAUGCCAACCUAGAUCUGACUCCUCAAGAGCGUGGCAGGAGCUUGGAGACGGAACAGCUGACGAUGUCGGAGGACCUGGAAGUGAGGCCCAAAACUGCCCAGCGACCGGUCAGUAUGUUUGAGGCUAGGGAGGGACCAAAGAAUAACUGGCAAGUUACUAAACACCAGCUAACGAGCAUUCCUGGCUUAGAACGUUCCUUAACUCAGAGUGCUCUAGAAGGGGGUAUCACCAGCGUGUCUGAUGACGGGGCGUCAGGGUCUGGUACCAGUGGGUUUGGAGAGGUCCUGGAGGUGCAGAGACGAGCUGAAGCUGUAACCAGAUGCAUCCAGGAGUUGUGGGCUGCAGCCAGGUUGCAUAGGAAUAAGCUUCCAGAGUGUGCAGAUUCUAUCAGAAGGACGGUGGCUUCUUUACUGGCAUUGUUUCCUCAGACAUGCACGGACCCCACCCUGCAGCAAGUGAUCACCGACCUGCAGAGCGCCAGCGAAGAAGUGGUGCUAGCGUGCAGCAGCCGCGCGCCGCUGGACCACGUGCGCACCUCCGCCUACGACCUGGCCAAGGCCACCAAGCUGCUGGUCACCCACUUCCAGCCCUCC